GUCGAGACGAGGAGAAGCGCAUGAAGCGCCAGGAGCGCGAGAAGGAGCGCGCCCAGAAGAAGGAGGAGAAGGCCAAGGCUAAGGCCAGCCAGAAGAUGGAGAAACAAGUGCGAAAGACGAAUUCGCAGCAGUCCGACUCGACCACCUCCGUAACUCUCCGAUCCGCGAGCAGUUUCUCCGGCUCGCUGCGCCGCGCCUUCCAGGCGCUGAAGAAGCCGUCCGUUGCUGCCCCCAGCCUUCCCACGGCCGACGAACACGAGCACGACGAGGAGGAGAGUCGAGAGUAAGGCGGUAUGGCAAGGAUGGUGGGAAUAGGAACCCGGCCUAGGAGUCGAGUAGUCCUCCUGAGGCGAUGGUCAUCAACUGACCAGGAGACAGGGUUAAAAGGGAGGAUAUUGUUUGCUUUAUUGCAGAAAGGAGGAACUUCAUGUAACAGGAACUUCAUGUAACUAAUUGCCAAGGAUGCCAUACCUGUAGAGGUUGACAAGAUGAAGGGUAGUGCUUUUACCUUUUCCUACUGGCAGG